AUGGCAUUAACUUCUGACGUCCUUCUCCUCCUCCUGCUCUUCCUUCCCGGCAUUUAUGCCCAGUGGAGCCAAUCCUCCUCCCUGGAGGAAGCAAAAGCCUUCGAGGAAUCUUUGCUCCACCAGGCCUGCUUGAACACCACCGACCAUGAAGCUUGCACGUCGCGCAUCAGCAUCGAGUGUCAUCGGCAGGGGCGCACUGGGCCGAUCUCCAUACUCCACGGCGCCGUCAGGGGCACCAUCGACGAAGCCCUCCGCGCCGUCGGCACCUUGUCGGGCCUCGCUGCAGUUUCCAGUGACCUCCGCGAGGAGAUGGCCAUCCAUGACUGCGUCGAGCUCCUUGGCUACUCCAUCGACGAGCUCGGUUGGUCGCUGGAAGAGAUCAGCCGGCUCGUCUUGGAGAACCGCAACAUUCACCACGAAGCAAACCUCCGCGCAUGGCUCAGCGCCGCGCUCAGCAACCAAGACACGUGCUUGGAGGGCUUCGACGGCACCGACGGUCGCAUACGCCAUUACAUCCACAGCAGAGUAGCGGAGGUGACACAACUCGUGAGCAACCUGCUGGUGAUGUACAGGAAGAUGCGCAGCAUCAUACCUCACGCGCCACCCAGAAAUGGCACCAAAAGCGACGGCAACAGAGACUCGCCACCCUGGGUGGUGGUCGACCAGGAGCUCCUGCAUGCGGAUCCCAAGGCGUUGCGCGCCGAUGCGGUGGUGGCAUCGGAUGGCAGUGGGAGGUACCGGUCGAUCAACGAGGCGGUGAAUCGAGCGCCAAUCCACAGCUCGAGGAGGUACGUUAUAUACGUAAAGAAGGGGGUGUACGAAGAGAACGUGGAGUUGAAGAAGAAGAAGACUAAUAUUAUGAUCGUUGGUGAUGGAAUGGGAAUUACGGUGAUUUCCGGCAGCAGAAAUUUCAUGCAAGGAUGGACGACCUUCAGGACUGCUACCUUCGCGGUUUCCGGGCAGGGCUUCAUAGCGAGGGACAUAACCUUCCGUAACACCGCCGGGCCGCAGAACCACCAGGCGGUGGCCCUCCGAGUGGACUCCGACCGUUCGGCCUUCUUCCGGUGCAGCAUCGAGGGCUACCAGGACACCCUGUACGCCCACUCCCUCCGCCAGUUCUACCGCGAGUGCAACAUCUACGGCACCAUCGACUUCAUCUUCGGGAACGGGCUCACCGUGCUGCAGCGCUGCAACAUCUACACGAGAAGGCCGUUGCCGGAGCAGAAGGUGACGAUCACGGCGCAGGGGCGCAAGGACCCCAACCAGAACACGGGCAUCUCGAUCCACGACAGCUUCGUUCACGCAACGUAUCCCACCUACCUCGGCCGGCCAUGGAAGCCGUACUCGAGGACGGUGUUCAUGCAGUCGUACCUGAGCUCCGCUGUGCAGCCGGCGGGGUGGCUGGAGUGGGCGGGGGAUUACGGGCUGGGCACGUUGUGGUACGGGGAGUACCGCAAUUAUGGCCCCGGUGCGAGGCUGGGCGGCCGAGUCCGGUGGCCCGGGUAUCAUGUGAUCCGGGAUGCUGCAGUGGCCAGCCUCUUCACAGUGCGGCGGUUCAUUGAUGGCUCGUCGUGGUUGCCGGCCACCGGAAUCGAAUUCACCGCUGAUCUCAUCAAUAAGUAGCUUCUAAAGCAGGAUGAUAGUAUACGCCUUCGAUCAUUCACGUUUGCUUACAACACAACCUUAUUUGGUUUCAGUUUUCUUGCUGCAUGGAAUUGUAGUGUUCAAUAAACGAAUUCUUGGAUCAAUAAAUUAAUGCCGAUUGCCGAUAGCGCUUUAAGUA